CUCGCAACCAUGGACAAGCUCAAGCAGUUCACGGCCAAGACGAAGGAGAAGAUGGCCGAGAUCCCGGUCCAGAAGACAUGGGACUCGAUCACCGACUUUACAGCGAGGACGAAGGAGAAAAUGGCCGAGAUUGACAUCCCCGUCAAGAAGACGCUCGACUCGAUCGACAUUCCGGUCAAGAAGACCAUGGACGACCUCUCGUCUAAGAUCAAGAACCUCGGCAAGCACCACGACGACGAAGCGCCCAUGACGAUCCAUCCCGCGGCUACGGCCAUGACGCGUGACGGUCGCAUUGAGAUUGAGAUCCAUGACGCCGAUAGCUUCCCGUUGCCGCCGCCUUCUGCUCUCCAUCGGUCGAGCCUCGCACGCUCGGACGCGGUCGUCGGCAACCACAGCCCAACGUCGUCGUCGGCGCCGUCGGGCUUCUCCGAGCCGGCGCCGCCCAUGCACAUCUGCAUCAUGAUCGUCGGCACGCGCGGCGACGUGCAGCCAUUCAUUGGCAUUGGCAAGCGCCUCGUAUCCGAUGGCCACCGCGUCCGGCUCGCGACCCACGCCAUUUACCGCUCGAUGGUGACCGACGGUGGCCUCGAGUUCUACCCGCUCGGCGGCGACCCGAAGGAGCUCGCUGCAUACAUGGUCAAGACGGGCGGGCACUUGAUUCCUGUCCAGUACGACGUGCUUACGAAGGACAUGCCACGCAACAUCCAGAUGGUCGAGGAGAUCCUCUUCUCGACGUGGCCGGCCGUGCACUCGGCGGACCCGGGUGCCACGCGCGUGCUGCCGCCCUUCCGCGCCAACGCCAUCAUCUCCAACCCGGUGACGUACGGCCACAUCCAUGUGGCCGAGAAGCUUGGCGUGCCCUUGCACAUCAUGUUUCCGCAGCCGUGGGUGCCGACGGCGGCGUUCCCGCACCCGCUCUCGAACCUCGCGUACACGGGCAAGAUCGAGAAGAAGAACCAUAUCUCGUACAAGCUCGUGGACCUCCUCAUGUGGCAAGGGACCGAGAACAUGGUCAACCGGUUCCGCGAAGACGUGCUCGGGCUCCGGAAGAUCCGCAUGGGCGACGCCGGCCGGAACGUUCUUUUGGAUUUGCGCAUUCCGCACUCGUUCAUGUGGAGCCCGCACCUCGUGCCGCGCCCGGACGACUGGGACCCGAGCAUCUACGACGUCAUUGGCACGGUCUGCGACACGGACAUUCCCGCGCACACGCCAACGCCCGAGUUUGCCGCCUUCUUGGCGUCUGGGCCGCCGCCGAUCUUUGUCGGGUUUGGCUCGAUGGUCAUUCCGGACGCGGCCAAGACGACGCAGACGAUCAUCGACGCCGCCAAACUCGCUCGCGUCCGUGUCGUGCUCCAGUCCAGCUGGAGCGACAUGACCCAAGGCGGUGAGAUUACGAUUCCGGACAAUGUAUUUCUCCUUGGCAACUGCCCGCACGACUGGCUCUUCCCGCACAUGGCUGCGGUUGUCCACCACGGCGGUGCUGGCACGACGGCCGCGGGUCUCCUCGCGGGCAAGCCGACCUUUAUUGUGCCGUUCUUUGGCGACCAGCCGUUCUGGGGCUGGGCGGUUGUGAAUGCGGGCGUUGGCGCGCCACCGUGCCCGAUCGCCGACCUCACGACGCCGGUGCUCACCCAAGCGUUUGCGCAGCUCUCGUCGCCAGAGCUCGCCGCCAACGCGCGGGCACUCCAAGCUGCCAUGCAGGCCGAGAACGGCGUCGAAGCCGCGGUUCAGAGCUUCUACAACCAUUUACCGCUGCACAAGAUGAAGUGCGCGUUCACACCGACGCACAUGGCGACCAAGUGGCUCGUGAAAGAUCAGGUCCAAGUGUGCGACUGCUGCGCGUACGUGAUCCGGUCCACGUCGGACCAAGCGGUGCUCGACUACCACGUCAUGGCCUACGCGCGCAGCGGUCCGAACUCGGGCUUGGAAGGCGCUGCGAACGGGGCGGGUGCGUUUGUCCACGAGAUUGGGUCGUCGCUCGUCGGCAUAGUCGCCGAGCCGACUAAAGGCUACAAGAAGGAUGGCGCAAAGGGCGCGGCCAUCGGCGCAGCAAAAGGUCUCGCCAACUUUGCCCUCGCGCCGCUGCAUGGCAUUGCGCUCUUCACCGAUCGUGUCGCCGUUGGCCAUUACAACUUGAAGCAUCGCGACGAGGGCAAGCGCAAGGAGCCCCGCUUUGACGGCAAGCAGCUCUUCAGCCGCAACGACGCAACAUUCUCGACUGCGACGAGCGACGAAGCCGACCGCGACCGUGUGCACCGGCACAGCCUCGCGCCGCUCGUUGGCGUCCACGUCACGCCCGCCGAGCAGACGCAGAUCUUAUCGGCGCUCAAGGACGUGAUCGCGCUCAAGGAACAUCGCGAGUUGUCGCCGCCGCCGUCCGAAUCGCUCGAGGCGUCGUCGUCGGUGACAGUGACAGACGAUGACGACGACGGUGACGACGGCAAUGAGUCCUCUUCGUCGUCGUCGUCGGGUGUCCCGAUGGUUGUCCGUGGCAUGCGCUGGUCCGCGACCGGGGAGUUCCACAUGGAGUACGAAGUUCGUGGCGAUCUCUUGCGCCGGGCACCGUCGACGCGCCGCCUUCUCGACGCCGUGUCGUCGUCGUCGUUGCAUGACGCGCCGGCGUCCGUGCCCUUCCACAUGAACGUGUGCGUCCUCGCGAUCGGGGCGCCCUCGGAAGUCGAAGCUGUCAUUGCCGUCGCGUCUGUGCUUGCGUCGGACGGCCAUCACGUUCGAUUGGCCGCCAACCCGCUUCACGAAAAGCUUGUGCGCUCGCAUGGCCUCGACUUUUUCUCGCUGCAGGGCAACCCGACGAGCGUUCACGACUGGAUGGACCGGAUCGGCAAGAUGGCGACGGUCGAUGGCCCUUGGCACGACCCCCUCGCGUUCCUCCAGUCCACGUGGGAGGCGGUCAACGGCGUCGGGUUCCGCGCCGACUUGAUUCUGUCGCAUCCUGGUGUCAUCGUCCAUCGCUACUUGGCCGAGCGUCUCGGUGUGCCGGUCCAGCUGAUUGCGUCGUCGCCGUGGAGUCCGACGAGCGAGUUCCCACACCCGCUCAUGGAGGACUCGUCGACGUGGAGCGAGUGGAGCAACUGGCUCUCGUACGCGGCCGUCGACGAGUACGCGUGGACCAACUGCCGCGAUGUGCUCAACCAGUUUCGCGUCGAGACGCUCGGCCUCCCGCCGUGGCACCACCGACUCCCGCCGUCCUUUUCGGUCUGGAAAAUCCCGAUCACGUAUCUCUGGUCGCCGUCGCUUCUCUCAAAGGCACACGACUGGGGCCGCGAAGUGUCGGUCGUUGGGUUCCCCGAGCUUCCGCCGUCGCACGCCUUUGAGGCGCCCCUGAAGCUCACGGCCUUCCUGCAAGCCUCGCCGGUCAUGCCGACGGUCUAUGUCAACUUGCGCAGCCUCGACCUCGCCGCCGCCAUGAACUUGCUCCACGAUGUGUUUGCGAUUGCACCGGACGCCUUGCGCAUCAUUUUGCACCGCACCGACGACGGCGUGCGCGACAUCCUCGUGGCCGACGGCGACCGCCUCCUUGUCGCGCCGCGCACGAUCCCGGUCGACUACCUCGUGACGCGCUGCGACGGUGUCGUGCACCAAGCGACCGAAGAGGUUGUGCGUGCGCUGCUGAAGGCGCCCAAGCCGUCGAUGGCCUGCCCUGUCACUGGCAUCGAACGGCUCUGGGCGUCGCGCCUGUACCAGUUGGCGCCGGAGGCGACAGUGCCGCAGGUGCCCUUGCACGAGCUGCGUCAGAACCCGUCGGCCGUCGCUGCUGUCUUCUCGUCGCUCGUGACACUCGACGUCAAGCGCCGCAACUCGGUUGUGGCGGCCACGGUCUCGGCCAUCGAAACCGAGAUCCACGAGGCGCCCCGACGGGCCGCGGCCGCCAUUUACCGUCACGUGCCCGUGGCAUCAAUGGUCUGCGAUGUUUUGCCGACCAAAAUCGCGCGCGUGUAUGUGCCACGCUGGGACCUCAAGCUCUCGCACGAAGCCGUGUACACUGGGAAGCACCAGCUCUGGGACGACGCCAGUACCGAGAUCAAGGCGUACAAGCCCGUGUACUACAGCCUCAGCGACGGACCGACGUACGUCUCGAUGGAGAAGCGCGUCGAGCUCGACAAUCAAGCGCACCGAACCGUUCUCGACGCCUUCUCGGCGCUGCUUUCGGCGCCCGAGAAGGUCGUGACGGGCCGCCUCUUUGCGCGCCAGGAGAGUAUGCCGGGUGUGGCCGUCGACGUCUCGCGCUUCUGGGAGACACCCGAAGAGGAAGCGGCGAGUCGCCAAGCCAUCAUGGAAACGUACGAAGCAUUUUUGGAGAAAAAGAUGAGCUCUGGCGUCAAUAAGUCGCUUUUGAGCUUCACCUCGAGUACGAGCGACUAGGUCGAACUGCGUAAAUGACUACUCUUUUACAUGUAACUUGCCCUGUAUAUCAAUGAUGGCAUUCUGCAUCGGUGCCAAACCCGACCGCCGCCCACGCUUGUCUUGCGCUAUGAUGUUCUGCAGUUGACAUUUACGGGUCAAUGACCUAGCCCUCAAUACACCGCCUUGAACAGGCGUGGGACGAGGAAUAAUCAGAUUGUUAAAAUGUACAAUCGUGU